AUGGCUAGCCCGAUCCAUGAUGCAACGGAACCUAUUGCUGUAGUAGGCAUUGGGUGUCGUUUUCCUGGUAGCGCCACAUCUCCUUCAGAGCUAUGGCAGAUGCUCUGCCGUGGGGAAAGUGCCUGGUCUGAAAUCCCCAUGGACCGUCUUAAUGUCUCUAGUUACUUCCACCCAAGCGGAAACCGAGAAGGCAGUAUUCCUUUCACAGCCGGCCAUUUCCUGAUUCAGGAUGUCGGCGCGUUUGACAGCUCGUUCUUUUCUAUCCCAGCCGAUGAAGCUAAGGCGAUAGAUCCGCAACAACGAAUGCUUCUCGAGGUUGCUAUAGAAGCUCUAGACAGCGCCGGAGUUGACCGCACGGCUUUGAAGAAGAGUGAUACAGGAGUUUGGGUUGGCUCCUUCGUGAAAGAUUAUGAGCAGAUUGUCUUGCGUGAUCCCGAUAACUCCCCCAAAUAUGGGGCGACCGGCAAUGGAAUAGCAAUCAUGUCGAACCGUAUUUCGUUCUUCUUAGACAUCAACGGUCCAAGCAUGACCAUCGACACAGGGUGCAGUGCUAGCUUAGUUUGUGUUCACAAUGCUUGUCAAAGCCUUCGUAAUGGAGAGAUCGACGUUGGGCUCGCUGGCGGUGCCGGGUUGAUCCUGACGCCUAAUACUAUGAUGCCUAUGACGGCGCUAAACUUCUUGAGCCCGGAUGGUAAAUGUUACACGUUUGAUGCGCGUGCAAAUGGCUAUGGCCGGGGUGAAGGAAUCGGUAUCGUGGUAAUGAAGCGUCUCUCAGAUGCCAUACGGGACAACGACAAUAUCCGUGCCGUAAUUCGAGGUUCUAAUGUUAACCAAGACGGGCGCACACCUGGUAUUACUUUACCGAGCGCGGAGGCUCAGCUUCGUAAUAUAAGAACGGCGUACAAGAGAGCUGGUCUCCCUGCCGACAACACGGCCUAUGUCGAAUGCCACGGCACCGUCGGUUCAGUCAAGACAAACAUUGGUCACCUCGAAGGAUGCGCCGGAAUUGCCGGGCUAGUUAAAGGGAUCCUCGCCAUUGAGAAUGGAAUGAUCCCGCAGCAUCUCAACUUCGAGGCACCUGGAAAUCCAGCUAUUGACUUCAACGGCUGGAAAGUUCCGGUCGGUAAUACUCCCUGGCCGACUGAAGGACUCAGGCGUGCGAGCGUUAACUGUUUUGGCUUUGGUGGGACAAACGCACAUGUCAUCCUCGAUGACGCUGCUCACUACCUGGCUCAAAGGGAGCUCUCGGCACACCAUAAUACCAUACUUCGUGAUUGCACUCGGAACCUGCCAACCCUCAGCACCACGACGCAUGACUGGGUUAGAUCAGUACAGGGGGUGCCAAUUCCUACCCGCGAUUCGAAGACACAUCUCUUCAUUUUUUCGGCGCAUGAGCAGAAGGUAUUAACUCGAAUGCUCAAAGACUACGCGUCUUACGCCGGAAGGCAACUUGAAUCAUCGUCUGGAAAUAUCAUGGAAGAUCUUGCGUACACUCUCGGUUGCCGGCGGACACAAUUACAAUGGAGGGCAUCAGUCGUUGCGCGAUCACCCGAAGAGCUCGUUCGGAAAUUAGUUGACUUACCAAUUAGCGAUCUCAUUAGGGCAUCGGAGGACAGAAGCUCUAUCAGACCAGCCUUUGUAUUUGGUGGCCAAGGAGCACAAUGGUUUUCUAUGGGCAGAGAGCUUCUCGGAUUUGACGCCUUCUUGCAAUCGAUCGAAGACGCAAGCUUGUAUCUGCAGACUAAGCUGAACGCUCCUUUCAACCUUCUUGCAGAGCUUCUUAAGGAUGAAAGCCACUCCCUGGUCAACCAACCCGAGAUUUCCCAGCCAGCAACUACAGCAAUACAAGUGGCCCUUGUAGAUCUAUUGAUGAAAUAUUUCGGAGUUAGCCCAAACCAUGUCUGUGGUCAUUCUUCUGGCGAGAUUGCAGCAGCUUACACUCUGGGGGCUCUCUCACGGGAGGACGUCUGGGAAUUGGCCUUUCACCGGGGACGCUGCGCUGGAGCUAUGCUGGCUUCGAACGACGAAGAACCUUUAAAGGGUAGCAUGCUUGCUGUUGGCCUGUCGGCUUCCGAAGUACGGAAAUACGUGGACCUAAUCGGCAACGAUAAAGUGGUGGUGGCUUGCAUCAAUAGUCCAGCUUCUGUGACGUUGUCUGGUGACGAAAGUGCGAUCCAAGAGCUUCAGGGAGCUUUCCAAGCCGCAGGUGUCUUCAAUCGACUUCUCGUUGUAGACAUCGCAUACCAUUCGCACCACAUGAAGCGUUGCGAAAACGCAUAUCUCCAAUCGAUCGCGCACAUCAAACCGAAGAAGCCGAGGAAUGGGACGACUACGCAUCCUCAUAAUUUAGGAGAACUCGUCACGCCUAGUGACAUCCGAGUAGGAACUAACUCCGUGUCUCUCAGUAACGACAUCCCCAUCAUGUAUUCAUCCGUUACUGGACACGCCAUUAAUUGGGAGGACCUUUCUCCAGAGUAUUGGGUAAGGAAUAUGGUGUCUCCGGUCCUUUUUGCUGACGCUAUGCAUCGGAUGAUGAGCGUCAAAAGUAGUGAGAAGCCAAGCUUCAUCCUAGAAGUUGGACCGCACUCAUCACUCCAAGGUCCUAUAAGGCAGAUCCUCGACGCCGAGGAAAAGCUUAGGCAACGGCCGGUUUAUUCAUCUGUGCUUCACAGGGGCAAAGACGCGGCCACGACUCUACUGGAAGCCACUGGGAAGCUCUGGGGCAAUGGGUUUGACGUCGCCAUGCCCUGGGUGGUUAUGAGGAAUGUGCAGACUGAGAGACCUAGGCUACUCGUCGAUCUGCCAAAGUACCCUUGGAAUCACGACAAGGUAUAUUGGCACGAGUCACACUUGUCGCUAGCCAAUCGUUUCCAGGUUCAUGGAAGAUAUGAUCUCAUCGGGCGACCAACAGCUGAUUCUAUUCCAUUUCAACCACGAUGGCGUGGCUUCUUCCGCGUCUCAGAGAACCCGUGGAUCUUAGAUCAUCAAGUGCAGAAGACAAUAAUCUAUCCAGCCGCCGGUAUGGCUACUAUGGUAUUCGAAGCUGCUAAGCAACUGGCUUCGGAACAGGCUUCGGGCUACCAGAUUACCAAGUUCAAAAUUCAGAAAGCCAUGAUAAUUCCGAGCACUCCACAUGGGUUGGAAUAUGCUUUGAACCUCAACAAAAGGGAUAGUCAAAUGGCUGUAGCUCCUAUAGGGAAUGCCGGGUUUCCCUCAUUAGCCACACCUUCAGUCUCUUUCGAGUUCUCUAUAUACUCCAAACAACUUGACAAGCCUUGGGAGGAACACGGCAGCGGGUAUGUGACAAUUCAUUACCACACAACCCCUAAUGAGGUCAAUAGGUAUUACCAGGCGUACCUCGACGCAAAGAAGGAGUGCGUUAACCCGGUUAAUCCAAGACAGCUUUAUGAGAGCCUAGAUGUUAUUGGCAUGAAUUAUGGUCGGCUGUUCCAGAAUAUCGAAUCUCUCCAUAGACGGGACGGUGUUUGUGUCGGCACUAUUCGUAUUCCGGACACAAAAUCUGUCAUGCCCGCAAAUUUUGAAUAUCCGCACGUUAUUCACCCGACGACACUGGAUUCGGUCUUCCAAACCGCCUUAAGUUUUGGGAACGGCCCGAUGGUUCCCUCUUUUCUUGGAAGUCUCUAUAUAUCAGCUAACUCUCCCAUGCUCUCAGGGACUGGCAAACAACUUGCUGCUCAUACUUGCGCAAAACUUAAUGGACGACUUAGUGCAUCCGCAUCCUUUGUUGUUUCGGACCAGUCCUGGUUGGAAACAUCUAGUGCUAAUCCACUCGUGAUAAUUGAGGACAUGACUUUUACCGCCUUGGACCGAAGCGCGACACAAGAACUCGGUUUCCUCCCGAAUUAUCGUAGUCUCUGUUCCGAGAUUACUUGGGAGGAAUUAAACAUUUCGGAAAACUCCAACGAGCAGCACAUUGAGCUGACCGACAGCCUACUUAUCCUUAUUCCUGUAAACGCCAGUCCAGAUAUCAGUGGGCUCCAAGCUGAGCUCUCUAAGAACUUGAACUGCCGGUUCCGAACAUUAAGUAGCAUCAAGGAGAACGAGAUACUUCCAAGAUACUGCAUCUCCCUCUUGGAAUUUGAUGGACAAGCACUACUUUGGAAAUGGACAGAACAGGAAUUUCUUGCAUUCCAGAAUGUAGUUUCCGCCAUGAAAGGAAUCUUCUGGAUCACUCGUGCUUCACAGCUCGAGGCUAAGAACCCGCAAUCUUGUUUGGCGCAGGCUUUGGGACGGACUAUACAAUCAGAGUAUCCUAAGAAGAAGUUAGUCACAUUUGAUGUAGGCAUCGAUCUAAGCUUCGCCUCUACCAUGAUGGUAUCAUUCACUCAGACACUCUUAAGAUUGGUCGCGCGAUCUUUCUUUGGACCUAACGUUGUAGGGCCUAUUGAGACGGAAUAUAUUGAACGUAAUGGGCAGAUCAUGGUUCCAAGGCUGGUUCCCGUGAACUCGCUGAAUUCUAUGAUUGAGCGUGGCUCUGCACCAGCAGAGCCAGACCAGCAGACGAUGCCCAAUCCGCAUGAAAGGCCCCUCAAGCUCGAGGUUGGACAGGUAGGCGACACGGGAAGCUUAUACUGGGGCGAUGACCCUGACGCCAACCUUCCUCUGUCUCCGGGUGAUGUAAGAGUCCGAGUGAUUACAACUACACUUGGCGACCUGGACCGCGAAAUUAUGCAUGGGCGCGUGGAGAAGGGCGACCUGGGAACAGACGUAUACGGUGUAGUUGAUCAGACCGGAGAGAACGUUACGAAUGUUUCUCCGGGUGACCACGUUGUGGGGAUUGCCCGUGGAUCUUUACGAGACUUCGUUACAUGUCAUCGCCGACUCCUAUAUAAAGUACCGAACUACCAACCCGAACCUCAACCUAUCCAUCUACCGACAAGCUUCUCUAUCGCUAGAUAUGCGCUUGGUAAGCUCAAGGCUGGGAAUACUAUCCUGAUCCAUGCUGGCGCGGGAACAUUUGGCCAAACUGCGAUUCAGCUUGCUAAAUCUGCAGGAGCCGUGGUUUUCGCUAGCGCAGAGACUGACCAUGAGCGUGGCCUUCUUAGCCAUGUUUGGGGACUCCGGGAGGACUACAUCCUCGACGCUAGAGUAGAAGCUUUUGCCGACACGAUAAUGCGUUUGACGGAUAAUGAAGGCGUAGACUUGAUUUAUGACCCAGUUGCAAGAAGCCGAGAUUCGAAUAUCAGAUGUGUUAAAGAAGAUGGCCGUGUGAUCGGUUUCGCUGACAAACCUGAUCGUAUCGACAUGACGACGUGCGAAACUGAUGUUAUCGGCAAGACAUUUGGCUGCACUAUCAUAAAUGUAUCACAUCUCAUUAAAUACCAACCGGACCGCCUUGGUGAUGCUUUGACAUCCAUUUACCCCAAACUCUUAUCCUGGCAGUUUAGGAGCUGGAGCCAAGCUCCGCAAGAUGUAUACGACUACUCCGACCUGGCGGCUGCUUUCGCAGCAUUGGAUUCAGACACAGUUGGCGCCCAUAUCUAUUGCCGGCGACCCACAUCGAAACCUAUUCCAAUCCUCCCACGAACUCCUCCUUCCAUGAGCUCCUACUUACGCGGAGAUGCCACCUAUGUCCUGUCUGGUGGACUCGGCGGGCUCGGCAUAGAGGUUGCUAAGUUGUUGGUGGCCAAUGGUGCUGAGAACAUCGCGUUCUUAGGACGAUCCGGCGCGACGAACGACUUGGCUAAAUCUUGCGUUAACCUUCUCCGCACGAAGCGGGUCAAUGUGGGAGUUUUCAAGGUGGACGUCUGUAACAUCGAAGCCCUUAGAAAGACUGUAAGCGAGAUCCAGCAAUCUAUGCCUCCCGUGAAAGGUGUAUUCCAAUGUGCGGCAGUACUGCGCGACUCGGUCUUCGAAAAUAUGAAGUACGAAGACUGGCAAUUGGCAACAAAGCCUAAGACAGUAGGUUCCUGGAACCUCCACCAGGCCUUUGGCAAUGAUCUAGACUUUUUCAUCUUCCUGUCUAGCUCAGCCGGUGUUAUCGGGAAUCGCGGACAAGCGAACUACGCAACGGGCAAUGCGUUCCAGGAUUCGCUUGCCAGACAUAUCAAGACAAUAAGUGAGGGCAAAGUGAACGCGGUAUCGAUUGAUCUAGGCCCAGUCCUUGAAGCAGGAAUGCUUGCUGAUGACCCUGAGAGGCUGGAUAUGCUUAAAGCCAGCGGCUUCUUUGGAAUCAGACUCGAGGAUAUCAAACGCAUCAUCGAGCGAGCGAUCACCGGUUACAUGGAAGACGGCCAGAGGAUACCGGUGCAAGUUGUUACAGGAGUUGGAACUGGCGGGUUGAUUCUGCAGAACAACCCGGUGGAUCCUUACUGGACACGCACGGCUAUGUUCACCCAUCUUAACCAGGUAGACAUGCCAGAAGGUUCGGAAGAGACUUCGGAAGAAGCUUCAGGCUCGCGGGAGGUAAUGCAGAGACUAUUAGCGCAGGCAACAGAUGCAGAGGAGGCACAAUGCAUUGUUAGUAAGGGUCUUAGGGAGAUGCUCUCGAAGAGCAUGAAUAUGGACUCGGCAGACGUGGACGAGUCCAGACCUCCCAGCGCUUAUGGUGUUGACUCGUUGGUGGCAGUAGGAGUUCGCAACUGGGUCUCUCGAGAGUGUGAGGCUGAUGUGAGCAUCUUUGAGGUGCUCAGCGAGACCAGCAUCGGUGAUCUCAGCGCCACAAUUGUGCAACGGCGAGAAAAGGAGUAA